ACUGACGGACCCCAGACGCACGGACUCACGCAGGAUAGACGAGCUGCGCCAAAACCUGUCCAAGACCAACGUCCAGAACAAAACAACAUGGGGGCUGACAUGGAAGAAAAGGAGGAAUCAAAUCAAAACAUUGAUAAAAACGGCACAUUAAGCAGUAACAAUACAAAAGAUGACGCAAAGGAAAAAAAAAAAGAAAAAGAAAGAAAAGGAGCCAAAGCCCCCUAUGGUUGGCCCUGUUGCUCUGUUCAGGUUUGCAAACAGUUCAGACAUCCUCCUAAUUCUUGUGGGGACUGUGGCGGCGAUGGGCAGCGGCGUGCUCCUACCUCUCAUGUGCGUUGUGUUUGGAACUAUGACCGACAGCUUUGUAGAUUACUCCAAAGUCCCAAACAUUACUCAUAACAAUUUGACAGAUAUAAUGGCGAACAGCACGUUACAGGAGGAUAUGACUCGCUAUGCCAUUUACUACUCUAUCAUGGGAGCCACGAUGAUGGUCACUGGCUACUUCAACAUUUCUUUCUGGACAUUAGCUGCAGGUCGCCAAGUCAAACGCAUCCGAAAACUCUUCUUCCACGCAAUCAUGCAGCAAGAGAUCGGCUGGUUCGAUGUGAAUGAGACUGGAGAACUCAAUACACGUUUAACCGAUGACGUGUAUAAGAUCCAGGAGGGCAUCGGGGAUAAGGUGGGACUUUUGAUCCAGGCGUUCACCACUUUCAUUGCGUCCUUCAUCAUUGGCUUCGUCAAAGGCUGGAAAAUGACCCUGGUGAUUCUGGCCGUCAGCCCUGUGCUUGGAGUUGCCGCGGGGCUGUUCAGUAAAGUCUUAACAACAUUUACAUCCAAAGAGCAGACCGCCUAUGCCAAAGCUGGAGCUGUGGCAGAGGAAGUGCUUUCAGCCAUAAGAACUGUGUUCGCCUUCAAUGGACAAGAAAAAGAGAUAAAACGAUACAAGGUAAACCUGGUGGAUGCCAAAAACAUGGGGAUCAAAAAGGCAAUUUCUGCAAACAUCGCAAUGGGCUUCACAUUUCUGAUUAUCUACCUGUCGUAUGCUCUGGCUUUUUGGUACGGCAGCACUCUGAUACUCAGCGGAGAGUACACCAUUGGGAGUGUCCUUACUGUUUUCUUUGUGGUUCUCAUUGGAGCCUUCUCAAUCGGACAGACCUCUCCAAACAUCACAGCCUUUGCCUCAGCUCGAGGGGCAGCACAUAAAGUCUACAGCAUCAUAGACAGAGUUCCUUCUAUCAACAGCUUUUCAGAUGAGGGCUACAAACCGGACAGCAUCAAAGGCAACAUAGAAUUUAAGAACAUCAAUUUCUGCUAUCCAUCCAGACCAGAUGUGAAGGUUUUAAAUAACAUGUCCAUCAGUGUGAAACAUGGACAGACUAUUGCUUUGGUGGGGAGCAGCGGCUGUGGAAAAAGCACAACGAUACAACUGCUCCAGAGGUUUUAUGAUCCACAGGAGGGAUCUAUCUGCAUUGAUGACCACGACAUUCGCUCUCUGAAUAUCCGAUACUUGAGAGAAAUGAUCGGUGUUGUGAGUCAGGAGCCCGUCCUCUUUGCAACGACCAUCGCAGAAAACAUCAGAUACGGACGAACCGACGUGACCCAGGAGGAGAUUGAGCAGGCCGCCAAAGAAGCCAACGCCUACGACUUCAUCAUGAACCUACCUGAUAGAUUUAACACUCUUGUGGGCGACAGAGGGACUCAGUUGAGCGGAGGGCAGAAGCAGAGGAUUGCCAUUGCCCGUGCUCUUGUCCGAAACCCCAAAAUCCUGCUCCUGGAUGAAGCCACGUCUGCCCUGGACGCAGAGAGUGAGACCAUCGUACAAGCCGCUCUAGACAAGGUCAGACAAGGUCGCACUACCAUCGUCGUGGCCCACCGCCUCUCCACCAUCAGGAACGCGGAUGUCAUCGCUGGAUUCCAAAAUGGUGAAAUAGUUGAACUUGGGACUCACAGCAAACUCAUGGAAAUAAAAGGAGUUUAUCACACACUGGUCACAAUGCAGAGCUUUAAAAAUGUCGAAGGGAGUGACGAUGAGCUGGAGGAAGAGGACGAGGAGGAUGAGGAUGAGAAAAGUCCAUUAGCAAAAACCUCCUCUAUACGUCGCCGAAAAUCCACCAGAGGUUCCUCAUUCGCAGGAGACAAAACUGAAAAAGACACACAAGAUGAUAAGGACAAGACAGAGGAGGUGGAAGACAACGCUCCCCCAGUGUCAUUUUUCCAAGUGAUGCGUCUAAAUGCCAGUGAACUGCCUUAUAUUGUGGUGGGGGUGAUUUGUGCCAUAAUAAAUGGAGCCAUGCAGCCACUGUUUGCAAUCCUCUUCUCCAAAAUCAUCACUGUUUUCGCAAUAGAAGAUAAAGACCUUGUCAGAGAAAGAUCCACUUUCUUUAGCCUCAUGUUCGCUGUAAUUGGAGUCGUGUCUUUUGUCGCCAUGUUUUUACAGGGCUUCUGCUUUGGUAAAUCUGGAGAGCUCUUAACAUUGAAACUUCGACUUAAGGCGUUUACUGCUAUAAUGAGACAGGACCUGGGCUGGUUUGAUGACCACAAAAACAGCGUUGGAGCACUGACCACCAGACUAGCAACAGAUGCUGCACAAGUACAAGGGGCAGCAGGAACUCGUUUGGCCACAUUUGCUCAAAACAUUGCAAACAUGGGCACAAGUGUGAUCAUAUCGUUCGUGUACUGUUGGGAGUUGACGCUGUUGAUUUUGGCUGUGGCCCCCGUCAUAGCACUGGCCGGAGCUGCAGAGCUGAAGCUGCUCAGUGGACAAGCUGCUCAGGACAAGAAGGAGCUGGAGAAGGCAGGAAAGAUUGCCACUGAAGCCAUAGAGAACAUCAGAACUGUCGUCUCUCUCACUCGGGAAUCCAAGUUUGAGAAUAUGUAUGAGAAAAACCUAAAAGUGCCAUACAAAAACUCUCAGAAGAAAGCCCACGCAUACGGCAUCACAUACUCCUUCUCUCAGGCCAUGAUCUACUUUAGCUACGCCGGCUGUUUCCGCUUCGGAGCUUGGCUGAUCGUGGAGGGGCGGGUCAGUGUGGAGGGACUGUUUCUUGUAAUUUCAGCUCUUUUGUAUGGGGCCAUGGCUUUGGGAGAGGCCAAUGCUUUUGCUCCAAAUUAUGCUCGCGCCAAAGUGUCUGCUGCCCACCUCAUGAUGCUGAUCAGGAGAGAGCCCGCCAUCGACAACCUUUCAAAUGAGGGCGACACACCGCCUCAGUUUGAAGGCAGGGUCCGUUUUGAGGGAGUCACGUUCAACUACCCGACCCGCCCAAACCUGCCCGUCCUGAGGGGUCUGGACCUGCAGGUGGGCAAAGGCGAGACCCUGGCCCUGGUCGGGAGCAGCGGCUGUGGCAAAAGUACCACUGUGCAGCUCCUGGAGAGGUUCUACGACACGCUUGAAGGCAACGUGCUGCUGGAUGAGAGAAACGUGAAGCAGCUGAACAUUCACUGGCUGCGCUCUCAGAUUGGCAUCGUAUCCCAGGAGCCUGUGCUGUUUGACUGUUCUUUGGCUGAAAAUAUUGCCUACGGAGACAACAGCCGCUCCGUUUCCAUGGAGGAGAUAACAGCCGCCGCUAAGAUGGCAAAUAUCCACGACUUCAUUGAAAAUCUGCCACAGAAGUACAACACUCAGGCCGGAGAUAAGGGGGCGCAGUUGUCUGGGGGUCAGAAGCAACGGAUCGCCAUUGCCAGGGCGAUCAUCCGCAACCCCAAAAUGCUGCUCCUGGAUGAAGCCACAUCUGCACUGGACACUGAGAGCGAGAAGGUCGUACAAGACGCGUUGGACCAGGCGAGCAAAGGCAGGACCUGUAUUGUUGUAGCUCACCGUCUCUCAACAAUUCAAAACGCCGACCGCAUUGCUGUUUUUAAGGGCGGCGUGAUCGUUGAGCAAGGCACACACCAACAGCUACUGGCUCAUAAGGGAAUCUACCACACACUGGUCACCAAACAGCUCAACCGGAACAAAGAAUAAGAAGGGGGACCACAAGGGGGUGAUUGUGCCUUUUAUACUGAAGAGAGGGGUAUCAUGCUUUAAAUUACCUUUUUAAACCAAAUUGGUCGCCACUAAAACAGCAUUGAGCUAAUACAAGAAUCACACAUACCGGUAUAUCAGAACGUGUUUGUAGAGGUUUUAUACAUAUUAAGGCCCCAUAGACAUAGACAUAUUUAGAUAAGGGAGCACUGUGUAAUAUUUCAUUGCUUGUUGGUCUCCAUGGAGAUGUUAUUAUUCAAUUACAAGGGUGCAAAAAUCCCUCGAAAAACAUGCACUCUUUCUGUGUGCAGGGAUUCCACAGAUCUGACCAGUAAUUUUGCCUGUUAAUGUCACAUGCUUGUUUCCAUAGAGACAGAAGUUUAACAGCUUACCGUGGAACAUUCAAGAUAAAGAAAUAACAUCCCCAUGGAGACAAUAGGUGGUGGACCGUUCUCCAGAAACUUUAUCUACGACGUCUUUAAAUACAGAGGACUCUAUGGGUGCAUUCACAGUUACAUAUAAGCUACAUCAAAAUUUGGACUGGCACUAAACCAGGACUAGGCCAGGACUAAACCAGGACUAGGCCAGGACUAGAACAAGACUAAACCAGGAUUAGGCCAGGACUAAACUAGGACUAGGCCAGGAUAAACCAGGACUAAACCAGGACUAGGCCAGGACUAAACCAGGACUAGAACAGGACCAAACCAAGUCUACAUCUGAACUAAACUGGGCUCAAGUGCAGCCUUUGUGAUUUGCUAACUGAGACCUUUACACUUGCAAAUCAGUUAUUAUCACUCAAUAACAAACUUUAAAACAUAAUUUGAUCUGUAUAAAAUGUUUACAAAAAUAUUAAUACAGUUUUCCUCAAAGGUUUUUACUCAAAUCUAGGUCUUUUUCUCUAGGAGUGACAAUGUAAAGUGGUAGAAAACAAAACAAAAGGUGAUUUUAGCAUAAUGCCCGUCGUUUGUACUGUAAUAUUUAAACUUAUUCAUGGGACCCUGACACAUUAACUUGAAAGUGUACAAUGUGUUCUGUCAUUUUCUCUCUCUCUUAAGCUCUGUUUACAUGUUUUGAAAUCACAGCAAAGCCAGUUGAAUGUAUACAUAAAUAAGAAAUAGAUCCCACAACUGUGACAAAGGCCAGUAUUUUCUACACACCUAAACUGGGUAAUCUAGCUUUAAUAAUGCCUUAUGCCUUAUUGUUGUGCACUCUUGUGUUUUGUGCACUCUUGUGACAAUUGCACUAAAAUAUAUUUGUUAUUGUGGUUAGUCACUCCUGCCAGAAAAUGUGAAGAGAAAUCUAUUAAUCUGUGCCUUGUAAAUGUGUCUGUUCUCAGUAGAUUACAUAAUAAAAAGCUGAAUUGUCAA